CCAGGCCUUCUCCGGUUGCAGCCCCAUUGGCUUAGCCGCGCACUCCCUUAAUGAAGGCGAACAUGAACCCUUGCUCGACCGCAGCCACCUGGACACCCUCGGAAACAGGAUCGCGCCUCCCCAGGGAGCCGCUUCCCAAAGGCGCGGGUGGCCGCGAGGCCCUGGCACACAGAGUGCAGGUAACCAAAUCCAUUGGAGGGGGGGGGAGACGGAGGCUGGCAACAGCGUCCCUUUUGUUUCAGGAUUCCCCCCACCUUCCCCGCAGGAGAUCUUCCUGGACCCAGUCUCCUCCUCGUCCUCCUCACGCACCACCACUACCCGGUCUUUGUUUCCCAGAGGGAGAAAGCCAGGCCCAGCGGAGGGCUCGGGGCUAGGGACCCCAUGGCCACCCGCAGGUUGCCUGUAGCAGUCCGGCGGAAGGAGGCGCAGCGGGACCGGAGAGCCUGGGAGGACUGCGAAGGGGCCCCUGGGGCGCCGGACGACAGCCUCACCAACCUCCAGUGGCUCCAGGAGUUCUCUUUCCUCCCCGCCGCUGACCCGGAGGCACCGUCCGCCUCUGGCCAUCUGGGGGGCCCCCCGAGGGUCCCUCCGCAGGGCUCUUCCUACGGCCCGGCCAGCCCCCCGGCCGGAGACACGGCCGCCAAGGGGCUGCCCCCCAGCAUGGGCAGGCCCACCGCCUCCGGCACCAGCUCCCCGCAGCCCCCGGCUCCCGAGGGGGCCGACUACAAGACCGACGCCCGGGUGAAGCCCCCCUACUCCUACGCCACCCUCAUCUGCAUGGCCAUGCGCGCCAGCCGGGAGGCCAAGCUCACCCUGGCCGCCAUCUACGCCUGGAUCACGGAGAACUUCUCCUACUACCGCCAGGCCGAGCCCGGCUGGCAGAACUCCAUCCGGCACAACCUCUCCCUGAACAAGUGUUUCCGGAAGGUGCCGCGGGGAAAGGGCGAGCCCGGCAAGGGGGGCUUCUGGCAGAUCGACCCCCAGUACGCCGACACGCUCCUCGGCGGCGCGUUCCCGCGGAAGCGGAUGCCGGCACUCCACGCCAGGCACGGAUCCUGCCGGAGGGAGAGAGGAGACGGCCCGCCUCUGCAGGCCGGCAGGGCGACCGGGGGGAGGACCCCCUCGUCCCCCACAGCAGAGCCCCCCGGGGAGACGGCCAUCCUGCCGGCCACCCUCAGCUGGGAUCCUGGGCUGGAGGAGACCCUGGACACCGACGCCAGCGAGGACCUGGAGCUCCGUACGGCCCUGGGCGCUCUGGCCCCGGCGGAGGACCUGCCCCCCCUCUCCCGCCACCUGCCCCUCUGCGCUCUGAGCAGGAGGGGCCCUCCUCGGCCGGAGACACCCCCGGCAGACGAGGCCUUGCUGCUGCGCCCCCCGGAGCCCCUGACCGAGCCCUGGGAGGAGGAAGUGGGAGCAGAGCCAGCGCUGGGGGCCGCCUGGGGCCUGGAGGAGGAGGAAGACCCCUGCUUCGCCCAGAGCUUCCUGGUGGAGGUGCAGCCCUGGGAGGGGUGAGCUGGCCGCCCCCCCACCCCCGGGGCCUCUGCUCCCUCCGC